AUGGCCACGGAAAAAGAUCCUGAUUCUGCGGUUAGGCGAAAACAACAGGAAGGGGGUAAGGGUGGGAAGGGAGGAGGUGAGGGGAAGUGGGGAGAUAAGGGAAAGGGGAAAGGUAAGGGAAAGGUGGGGGAUAAGUCAGGUGAGGGAGAUGGAUCAGGAGGAGAGGAGGAGGAAGAGGUGAGGACGUGGACGAGGACGAGAACGAAUAGGACUGCCCUGGCGGGUUCCAAUAUCACCACACACCUAAUACACAACCCGGAAAUUAUUGCAGUGCGGGUAAUACGUGGGUUUACCUUUCUUCAAAAUACUCUUAUGUUAAUCUGAGGAUAUAUUUUUGAUCCAGUCGAUUUUCGAGGAAAGAAAUUGAUACUAAUCGUUUUUAUCAUUUGUAGGCGCAUUCCGUUGCAGAGAAGUCCGUCAAAAUAAAUGGUGCUCCGUUAAACACAAUUUAACAGCAGAAAAUAUAGAGAUUGACGCGUGUAUUGCCAAUGGGUCAUUUGGAGUGGUUUUCCGCGCCGAGAAUAAAGACACCAGAGUUGAUGAAAAGCCUGGUAUUAAAUACGCUAUCAAAGUCUCGAACCUUCGAUUGGACGAUUCAGAGGAUCGUUUGGAAAUUUACAUGGGUUCGGAUCACAGUCCUGUUCUUACACGGAGUAGUGAGGCUUCUAUUCAGGAAGAGGAAGAAAUGAGAAGAAGGAGUUUAUACUCUAAACGUGCGAGGGAAAUCAGAACAUCUUUGGAGUAUAUUAAAACAGGACAUUUCAAUGUGUGUAACUUGGAGGGUUGGGCCGAGUUUGACAUCUUGGGAAGCCAUUUUAUCAUGACCAUUAUGGAGCUUUGCGAUAUCGGGACUCUCGAUGAUAUGGUCUCUAUGAUGAUCGCGAAUGGGGAGUACAUUCCUGAAGCAUUUAUCGUGGGUUUAAAGCCAUCUUCUCUCCUUCAAGUUGCGUGGAAAUGACUAAUCACACAUCACAGUGGCACGCUUCUGAACAAUUGUUUGAUGGUCUUGCAUUUCUCCACGGCGAACAUCCAGAAUACAGAGAUAAACCGGAAUUCAGAGGGGAUAAAUCAACGAUUCUUCGCGAUAUAAAAGCAGACAACAUCUUUCUCAAAUCGCCUCCUGCGAAUUCUCCCCCCGAUAUAUAUCCUACACUUAAAUUGGCAGAUUUUGGCGAAGCUAUACAUCUACCCAAAGGGGGCACGCGGGACCUUUACUUCGGAAACUCUUCCUGUGAACCACCCGACACCAAGCUGAGUGCUAAAUUUGAUGUUUGGUCCGUGGGCGCCCAAUUAUAUUACAUGGCGAAGAUGGGAAACUAUCCAAACGUCGGAUGCGUGUUCCGAGAAAGUGGCAAAAAAGUCCUAUGGGGCGAUAUGGGGCCGAGAAAAAGAGAGAAGGUAACGGAGGCGAGGAAUAACCCUGAUAGAUUCCAGCUUAUUGAUGAUCAUUUGACUGCCGAGUUGCAAAGAUUUAUCAGAGGGAUCAUGAAUCUUGAUAGACAUCAGAGACCAACUGCAUUGGAAGUAUUCAGGAAAGCCCAAGUAUUGAAUGGUGAAAGGAAGAAGUUGAUGUAUCGGAAGCUCCCAGACUUUAUAAAUAUGAGUAUAGCCCGACCAUUCGCGACCUUGGAGCUGGUGGAUACAGAGUGGAGGAUGGAACAGGCGGAGAGAGAAGGAUUCCUCUUUCAAUAUGGGGGAGGGCUUCCAGUCAAGAGAAGAAUGAAGGAUAGGGUUAAAUUAUGGAAAACUUUGGUGGAUGAAAAAGCGUUAGAACGAGCGAAGGUCGAGAAGAGGAAGCUCGAGCUCGAUAAAUAUAUGGGUAUGGAACAGCAUGCGAAUUUAGAUCGUGGAAGGAGAAGCGUGCUGGAAGCUGAGGAAAUCGACAAGAUCAAUAAAGAGAGAAAGGAUAAUGGCGGUUGGUUGCUCUCCGAACAAAAGAGAAGAAAGGUCAACAUUCGUAAACGUAGAGUCUACGGGGUUGGAGAGGUGUAG